AUGGUGAUUUAUUUGAAGUUCUUCACGCAGGUGACUUCACGCAUGGCCAGUAAUACUUUAAAAGAUCUGAAUAGUCUUCCUGUUACUGAGAAGUUAAGUGAGUGUAAAGCAAGCUUAACCAAGCCUUGUGUUGGCAAAAUGAACGGAAAAUCUGAAGAGAGACCAUUACCAUUACAAAGCUCUGCCUCUUUGGAUCCCAGUGAUCCCAGCGUUGUAGAUUCAGAGAAACCCGAGCCAGAGAAAGCUAUCGUGGAAGUUGAGUACAUUGAAUCCGAGAAGUUGGAUAAUGUUGACGAUGCUGAUGCAGUUCUGAAGUCGGUUCUAGCUGGUCUUGACUCUAAAGAUUGGGUAUCAGUCUGUGAAGCUCUUAAUAAUGUUCGUCGGCUUUCGAUAUUCCACAAGGAAGAAAUGCUGCAUAUGCUCGAAAAAGUGAUCCCACUCGUCGUGAAAUCACUGAAAAAUCCAAGGAGCGCGGUAUGUAAAACAGCAUGCAUGACAUCUGCAGACAUAUUCAGUGCAUAUAACAACGAUAUAACAGAUCUGUUGGAUUCUCUGCUUACUCAGCUCCUCCUCAAGUCUUCCCAAGACAAAAGGUUUGUCUGCGAGGCAGCAGAGAAAGCUUUAACAUCAAUGACCAAAUAUGUUUCCCCAACUUUGCUGUUACCAAAGCUGCAACCUUGUCUCAAGAACAGGAAUCCUCGGAUCCGCGCAAAAGCAUCAUUAUGCUUUGCUCGAAGUGUUCCCCGACUGGGCGUUGAAGGUAUUAAAGAAUAUGGAAUCGACAAAUUGGUUCAAGCAGCCGCAUCUCAGCUUAGCGAUCAGCUCCCUGAAUCCCGUGAGGCUGCACGAACGGUCCUACUAGAGCUUCAGAGCGUGUAUGAAAAAGGUCAUCCUCUCAUCAAGCCCGAGACAUCAUCAUCAACUUCUUCGCCAGAGGAAGAGCAAAACCCUGAGGCAGAGCUGAUUACUUGGGAAAUCUUCUGCCAGUCAAAGCUGUCGGCUCUAAGCGCACAAGCCGUGCUACGUGUCACCAAUGUUGUGCCAGUGACUGUUCGGGAGAGUUUGGUUACUACAGGUGCAGCAUCGCCAUCUCAGAUAUAA